CUAGCAAAUCGACAAGGUGAACCCAGCGAAACAAGGACAAUUUCUCUUCGGAAAAUCGACGAAAAUUUGGUAUUCUUUCGGGAGCUAAGAUGGCUCAUGGAAUGCAGAGAGGAAAGAUGGAAGCGGCUAAAGAACAUACGUUGGCUGUGACCAGGAAUUAUAUCACACAACCCAGAUUAACAUACAGGACAGUAUGCGGAGUCAAUGGACCUCUGGUUAUCCUGGACAAUGUGAAGUUCCCCAAGUUUGCUGAGAUCGUCACACUGACCCUCAACGAUGGGUCAAAAAGGAGUGGUCAGGUGCUGGAGGUCAGCGGAACAACAGCAGUAGUACAGGUAUUCGAGGGUACAUCAGGUAUUGAUGCUAAGAAUACAACAUGUGAAUUCACUGGAGAUAUCUUGAGAAUGCCUGUCUCAGAAGACAUGUUAGGAAGAGUAUUUAAUGGUUCAGGUAAAGCCAUUGACAAAGGGCCAGCUGUCCUAGCAGAAGACUUCUUGGAUAUCCAAGGUCAACCCAUCAACCCACAGUCUCGUAUCUACCCUGAGGAGAUGAUUCAGACCGGUAUCUCAGCUAUUGAUGUGAUGAACAGCAUCGCUAGAGGACAGAAGAUCCCCAUCUUCUCUGCUGCUGGUCUCCCUCAUAAUGAAAUUGCUGCCCAGAUCUGUCGUCAAGCUGGUCUGGUCAAACUCCCAGACAAGGGUGUCUUAGAUGGACAUGAAGAUAACUUUGCUAUCAUCUUUGCUGCUAUGGGUGUGAACAUGGAAGCUGCUAGGUUCUUCAAGCAAGACUUUGAAGAGAAUGGUUCUAUGGACAAUGUGUGUCUUUUCUUGAACUUGGCCAAUGAUCCCACGAUCGAGCGUAUCAUCACACCCCGUCUUGCACUGACUGCGGCAGAGUUCUUGGCCUACCAGUGUGAGAAGCACGUCCUUGUUAUCCUGACUGACAUGAGCUCCUAUGCAGAAGCCUUGAGAGAAGUGUCCGCUGCUCGUGAAGAAGUUCCUGGUCGUCGUGGUUUCCCCGGUUACAUGUACACUGAUUUGGCAACCAUCUACGAGAGGGCAGGUCGUGUCGAAGGUCGCAAUGGAUCCAUCACUCAGAUCCCCAUCCUGACUAUGCCUAACGAUGAUAUCACCCAUCCAAUUCCUGAUCUGACAGGAUACAUCACAGAGGGACAGAUCUAUGUUGACAGACAGCUAGACAGUAGACAGAUUUAUCCACCCAUUAAUGUGCUGCCCUCACUAUCUCGUCUUAUGAAGUCUGCUAUUGGAGAAGAUAUGACAAGGAAAGAUCAUGCAGAUGUAUCAAACCAACUGUAUGCCAACUAUGCUAUCGGUAAAGACGUCCAGGCCAUGAAGGCUGUGGUGGGAGAGGAAGCUCUCUCUCCUGAUGAUCUCCUCUACCUGGAGUUCCUGGGCAAAUUUGAGAAGAACUUCAUCACUCAGGGUAAUUACGAGAACCGUUCCGUGUUUGAGUCUCUGGACAUCGGCUGGCAGCUCCUACGUAUCUUCCCCAAGGAGAUGUUGAAGAGGAUUCCUCAGAACGUCCUAGCAGAGUACUAUCCUCGAGACUCAAGACGUUAACCUAUAACCUUUAUCAUCGCUCUCUUGUUUCUUCGUUAGUUAAACCGCUAUAUUAAAGUAUUUCAUUUUCUUUUUCUUUUCGGGCAAUAAAUAUGUGUUGUUAUUAAUGGGAUUUGUAAUCAUGUUUCUUGGUAGUUUAAUAUCCUUUCUUCCUUCUUUUAUCCACACCAUCUCAUUUCUUAUGUUGUAAUUCAGCUUUUACAUGUAUAGAUGAUAGGACAUUUUCAUAUGUCCCCCCCCCCCCCCCCCCCCAGAAUAUUCCAGUUGCCCCUAUAUUAAACGUUGUUACACAAAUUGUGAAGAGAUUUCUGGUUUUGAGAAGAGAGUUCUGGUUUUAAAUGAAAUUAGAAGUACAUCAGCCCUAGAAACAUACAAUGAAUAGUGGAUAAGAAGUAAUUUCAUAACAUCAUGACAGUCAAAUUAAGUAAAUUGAGGAAUCUGUUGAAGUGUUGUAAUGUGUGUAUGGAAGUAGUAUGAUGUUAAUGAACAAAAGAAAUGAAAACAAUGUUGAAACAUUGAAUCGGUCUUUAUGUAUUUCAGCAUAUUCUUAACUAGCAGUUCCCUUGAUAAGAACAUAAACCAACUCAUUAUUAAAUCCUGCCUUUCCCGUUAUGCAUGUAACAUUGGACAUAGUCUCCCUGUAAAUGUAUUGUAAGAAUUGUCUUAUUUGAAUGUUGAUACUCUAGAAAGGAAUCCACAGUGAACAAUUAUUUGUGAUUACAGUAUUUAUUUUGUGCAACUUUGUGCUACCGAGACAAUUUAAUUCAUACUUGUGUUCACGCUGGGCAUCAUAUGCAUCAUAGAUAUUAAAGAUAUAUGUUAUAUGUUGAAAUAUUUGUAUUGGUUAGUAUAGGGUUAUAGAUCUGCUGGAAUCACACAGGGAAGAGUUAAAAACUUUGACAGAAAUGGAGGUACAUACAAAAAUAAAUUAUAUUAUUGCCGUAAAGUAUUUUACUAGCAUUGUGUAAGAAUAUGAUCUUUCAAACUAGAAUAUAAAGGAGGCGUUCCCUUCUUUAGUAAACACAUUAGAUAUUCAAUAUAUUAUUAGAAAGUUAACUUGUCUUUUUGUUGUUGAUAACAUUGAAUGUUUCAUGUUGUCUGUGAUUAAAUUCCACAUACCAAACAUUCCAAGGACAAUCAGUAAAACAACGCCAAUUAAAAAUACGUACAUGUCGUUAGCAGAAGUUUGCUUUAGACUUUUAUUUCCUUUUUUAGCUAGAAGCUAUGUACAACCCUCUCUUCUACUAUGCAUGCAUGUGCAUGUAAUGUAGGCUUAAUUCUAAUGGCAAUCUUUUCUCUGCAUGUUUGGUAAUUAAUCAGAAGUACUUGGGUUUAUCAAAAAGUGGUGCUUUGAGCAAAGGGGUUAUUUUUUUAGUCUCUACUCUUUUAUUGCAUGAUUACUAUUGCACUCAUGCAAUGAAUUUAAGUACCAUAUUUUCCCCUUAACUUUUGAAGACGGGUGAACCAGUAAGUAAGGUAAUGUCUACGUCCAUGACAUUCUCCCUAAUGAAUUUAGAAAAUGCAAAAUUGUACAAAGAAAGACAUUUAUGCAAUUCAUGUCAUAUUUUGAUUUGUGACUGAGCCCAUGCUCUUUCUAAUGGAUAGUGAGGAUGUAUAGAAGGGUCUUUAAAAAUUGAAUUACAGUACAUGGCAAUACUGCAUUUCCACCAAACAACACAUUCUUGAAAAGAAUUUUAUGAUUGAUAUUGAAAGUAAACAACUUAACAAAAUUCUUGCAUUCGCAAACAAAUAUUGAAAAGUGUUAGAAUGUGAAAAUAUGUAUUGUGCAUGCCUUUGAAAUACAUGUUUGUAAGCAUGCUUUCAAAAAGCACAUGGUAUUGUUCUGAAGUAAACGGUACAAUCAAAAGCACAGCCAUUUGAAUUUCUCUGCACACUGGCAAUCAAGAUUCAUAUUUCAUCUGCCUUUUAUUAAAAUGUGAAAAUAUUGCAAUUUUUUUUGUCCGCCAGCUUGUUAUAACUCUAGAUAAAAUAGUUUAGAUUAAUUAAUGGUUAUAUUAAAUAGAUGCUGAUGCUCAGUGAUGAAGAAUAUUUUGAUGGAAGUCUUGUGAAUGUAGCUCUAAUACAUUGUAAUUACUCUUCAUAUGUAUCUUAUCAUACAAACGUGUAUUUCCAAGAGAUACAUGUUCAAAAGUAUUGUAUGUUAGUCUUAUAAAAGUAUGUACAUAUAGAUGUUAAAAAUGAUAUGGUUCAUAGAAAUUUAUCAAAAUGAAUGCUAUAUUGAUAUAAUCCCAAUGUGAGAUUACAGAAUGUUUAAGUUGGAGGUAAAUUUAUUACCAAAUCACCAACAUAUAAAUUCAUUUAUAAUCAAUAGAGUACCACAGUGCUAAUGUCACAUUCGCUCGCCAUCAAGGUGACUGGUUCUAAACGAUAGCCUGGUGCAUGAGGUUCACCUUGAAAUCAUUCAAGCAACGGACUGGAGCAGGGAAAAUUCAGUGUUGGGGCUGGUGUGAUCACCACACCAUUGUGUUUAGCACAGAAUUGUUUGGAACCAGCAAACGUGACACCUGGGCCAGUGUGACAUCACUCUUUGGUACUUUAUAUACAUACAUAUGAUUUGGAAACUUGAGCAGAAUGUUUAUCGUUGGAUGUAUAUCAUAUUGGAUGUUGAAUGUCAGUACUGCAAUAAAUGAUAUAUACCAUGUAUAUUUACCCAA